UGCCAUGGCUCGCCUGCUCCGGGCUGCUGCUACCUGGGGGCUGUUCCCCGGGAGGGGCUACUGCUCCAGGGGGGCUCAGGGGGAGCUCAGCAAGGGCUUUGUGGAAGCUCUGAAGGCGAUUGUGGGGAGCCCCCAGGUGUCUACUGCCCCUGCGGUCUUGGAGCAGCACGGGCACGAUGAAUCCAUGCACAGGUGCCAGCCCCCAGAUGCUGUGGUGUGGCCGCAGACAGCCGAGCAGGUCAGCCAAGUGGCUGCGCUGUGCUACCAGCAGGGUGUGCCCAUCAUCCCGUUCGGCACUGGCACGGGGCUCGAGGGCGGCGUGUGCGCCGUGCAGGGUGGCGUUUGUGUCAAUCUGACCCGCAUGGACCGGAUCCUGGCGCUCAACACUGAAGACUUCACUGUGGUGGUGGAACCCGGUGUGACUCGCAAGACCCUCAACACCUAUCUACGUGACAGCGGGCUCUGGUUCCCCGUGGAUCCAGGCGCUGAUGCCUCUCUCUGUGGCAUGGCUGCCACUGGGGCUUCGGGCACCAAUGCUGUACGCUAUGGCACCAUGAGGGACAACGUGCUCAACUUGGAGGUAGUGCUGCCAGGGGGCCGACUUCUGCACACAGCGGGCCAGGGCCGGUACUUCCGGAAGAGCGCUGCUGGCUACAACCUCACGGGGCUCUUUGUGGGCUCCGAGGGGACCCUGGGGCUCAUCACAGCUGCCACCCUGCGCUUGCAUCCUGCCCCUGAGGCCACAGUGGUGGCUACUUGCGCGUUCCCCAGCGUGCAGGCAGCUGUGGACAGCACAGUGCACAUCCUCCAGGCUGCGGUACCGGUGGCACGCAUUGAGUUCCUGGAUGAUGUCAUGAUGGAUGCCUGCAACAAGUAUAGCAAACUGAGCUACACGGUGGCGCCCACACUUUUCCUGGAGUUCCAUGGCUCUGAGGACAUGCUGGCUGAGCAACUGCGCCGCUCUGAGGAGAUCAGCAGGCACAAUGGAGCCUUGCACUUCUCCUGGGCCAAGGAGGCGGAAGAGCGUAGCCGGCUCUGGGCGGCAAGGCACAACGCCUGGUACUCAGCGCUAGCGCUGCGGCCAGGGAGCAAGGGCUAUUCAACAGACGUGUGUGUCCCCAUCUCCCGGCUGCCUGAGAUCAUGGUGCAGGCCAAGGAGGACCUGGUGGCCUCUCGGAUCACAGGAACCAUUGUUGGGCACGUGGGCGACGGCAAUUUCCACUGCAUCUUGCUGGUGGACCCCGAAGAUCCUGAGGAGCUCCGCAGGGUAGAGGCUUUUGCAAAACAACUGGGCAGGCGGGCGCUGGCACUCCACGGGACAUGUACUGGGGAGCAUGGCAUAGGGCUGGGCAAGCGGCAGCUGCUGCAGGAGGAGGUGGGUGAUGUGGGCGUGGAGACAAUGCGGCAGCUCAAGGCCACGCUGGACCCCCGAGGCCUCAUGAACCCAGGCAAGGUGCUGUGAGUUCCCAGAAGCCAAGUGCCUGACCUGGAAGAGUCUCCUGGUGUCAGGGGUGAGGGCUGGAAGAUCCCACUACCCCCACCCAGCCUCCAUCUAUCAGCAGCUUUCUUGCAGAGAGCUCUGCACCUGGCUUCCACUUCCCCCUCGUCCCCGGGGACCUCCUUCCCAGAGAAGGGACGUGAUGGCCUUGGAAGGAAAGUGGUCUUCAGGGACGAAGGUUCCCACCUGCCCCUGCCCUGUAGCACUGUCCCCCCAGAGCCUCCUCCGAGGGCCCCCGCAUUCCAGAGGAGAGGAGCGUGUUCUCCCGGUAGCAGGAAGUCUCCUGGCAGCCCGCCUCUUCGCCAUGUGCUGUGUGACGUUCCCAGCUGUGCAGCCAUCACUCAGGAUCUGGGGAUCCCGGGCCCGAGGAGCCGUCAUCUCCGGAGACUUGGGAGUUGUUCCCUCAGUCC